AAACUUCAACACCAAAAGUCAAAGGCCACUGGACACAACCACAACCACAACACUCCUUUCCCCCUUCAAUCACGGCCAGGCCCAUAUACUCGACGCCCGCCCCACGCUCAAUCCCACGAGGUCAGUCUCGCCCUCUCGCACCUCUGCACAGAGGAGCCCCAACCCAUCCGCUGUCCCAUCCGCACCGUCUCGACGCCAGGCGUGUACCCUACCGACGUCUAUUCGGCGCUUGCCGCCCCCUCAUCUAUCCCCAUCGGCCAUACAUUGCAAAGUUGUUGGAGGGACACCCGCUAACCCGCGCAGCACAACAGUUCGAUAUCAAUAUCAAUAUCAGCUCACAUAUGUCUACAUCUCUCCAGUCCUCUCACGCCUUUGCAACCUAACGAAAGCCGUGGUGUCGGGCACAGCGCGAUCCAGCUUCAGCUUAUGUCCGAAGGCGGCCUGGGGAUUUUUUCUGGCCAACAUUCCAUCACCACGCUCUCUUCAUCAUCAAUACUCUCGCCGACACAACGGCGCCCGCCUUGUAAACCUCGCAGAUGACGGCAGUGGCGAACCCGCCAAGUUUCCCAUCGACCAACAGGUCGCCAUGGGGUGCUAGUGUAGGCCAAGGAGGACUCAACUCAAUGAAUAAUAUGAAUGCCAUGAGCUCCGAGGAAGUCGCUCGAAUGUUCAUGCCACGUAAAAGCGCUCAGCGCGCAAAUUCUUCCUCUUCGAUAAGCUCCAACUCCUCGGCCUCCUCUUCGUCGACUUCUACCAUCGGCCAAUCUACGCCGUUGACAAAUGGCGUACCGAUGACGGCUGGCGAUAAUUCCAUGGGAACAGCCGUAACACGUAAGAAACCACAACGCGCCGGACCCUGGCCAACGAGUAAAGCCGAAGCUAUCUCGGGGGUCUCUACAGCUCGUCCUCAAUCAUUGCUAUUUACAAAUGGCCUCUCGGCGGCAUCAUCGAUGACCUCAAUUCAUCAAACGGCGCCGAUCCUACCAUCACAACAUGUUCUUCAGAAUCCUUCCCAACAGUCCAAUGGCGCAAGGCCAGCUGCGCAAUCCACCGGGGAGGGCAAUCCUGUUCUGUAUCUUCUCGCUAUGAAUGGAACUUUUGAAAGGAAAACAAUAGCAGUACCUUAUUAUCCUGAUAGCCUUAGAAUAGGGCGGCAGACCAACGCAAAAACCAUACCAACACCGACUAAUGGAUUUUUCGAUUCGAAAGUCCUUUCACGGCAACAUGCAGAGAUAUGGGCAGACCGAAGUGGAAAAGUAUGGAUUCGAGAUGUGAAGUCAUCAAACGGAACGUUUGUAAAUGGGGCGCGAUUGUCUGCAGAGAACCGAGACUCGGAGCCACACGAAUUGGCAACUCAAGACCAUUUAGAACUUGGAAUCGACAUUGUCAGUGAAGAUCAAAAGACGGUAGUCCACCACAAGGUUGCCGCCAAGGUUGAGCACGCUGGCUUCCUCGGUGCAACUAAUAAUGUUCUGGAAAUGAACUUUGGAGAUUUGGAUCCAGCGAAUGGGGCAAUGAUGGUUCCCUCGCAAGGUUCUAUACAAAUGAGGGGUAGAUCAAGCAGUCAAGGAUCUGUUGGUAGUAACGGGCGUAUGGGGCCACCCGUGAGCGUUGCAGGAAGUCAGAUGAGUGCGAUAAGUCAACAGAGGCCUAUGAAUUUCUGGCUCACCCCUGUUACUACUGAACAGAUUGUAAAAAGGCUCACGGUAAGCGCAACCAUACUGUUGAUCAUGGAUUGUGUUGUAACUAAUCUUUCAAUAGCAUGAAAUGAGGGUUGCAAGGUCACAAGCCAAUGAUCUAGGAAGAGCCGACAACUUUUUGGGAACACUGGUGACGAAACAUGACGUCAAGGAAGCUGAGAAGCAGGCCAUCCUAGAACCAACGAAAACUCAACAAUCCAAUGGCGGGUCGCUGCCUUUCAGAGAUGCCAACCCUCGAUUUUCGGACCCCCCAGCACCACCACCUCAGCAACCUCUUCCCGAAAAGCCUGAUGUUACCCGUUCUCACGGUUUCGAGCCUACGUCGCCAUCUCUGAAAAGGACCAACACGGAACGCCCUCGAUCAGUGCCUAACGUAUCACCUAUUCGCCAUGAGCCUUCAAGUCAGAUUAUUUCACUUAUUGAGGCUCUAGCAUCUGCCAAGAAGGAAAUCGAUACACAGAAUGCGCGAGUCCGUGAUCUGGAGGAGACGCUACUAAAAGAAAGACAAGCACGAGAGUUGGCUGAAGAUCUUGCGAAACGACUGGAAUCGGAAUCUGAGAUUAGAUUCAAUGGCCACAACCAAACAGAAGAAAGCUCAAAGAUUCAGUCUUCACUCGAUCCGGGUAGUGAAACGCCAGUAGAAGAAAAGCCGGGUUCAAAGAUUCUGCCAAACGGCAAGGUUGUGGACCCGAAUGCAAUCUCUGAGUCUACACUGUUAUUAGAGAAGCGAUUAGAGUCCAUGCUGGGUGAUAUGCAAGCGAUGAAGGAGCAGAUGGAUGCGUUCAAAGUACGUGCUGAAACAGCCGAGUUAGAACGCGAUGCAGAUCGGAAGACACUCAGCGAGAUGGUGCAGAAGAUCAGAGCUGAUGAGGCAUCCAGCCUCUCGGCCUUAAAGGAGAGUGCUUCGUCAAGCCCAGGCAACACCGUACCUGCCGCAUUACUCAAUGGCAAACACGGAGAAGCAACCCAUCUUUCGCAGUUUCUCCAGAACAGUAUGAUGACCAACGGGCAUACUGUUUCUGCAGAGAAUAAUUCCAAGCUCAGUAAGGCAGCUGUAAGCACGUUAUCAAGGCCCCCUGGCGACCCCAUGAUAUACCACACGACGCCAUACGUGUCAAUGAUCGGGGUCGUGUUACUUGGGAUGGGAUUGAUGGCUUAUAUGAAUGGUUGGCAACCGCCAAAAGUCGAACGAUAAAACCUUUUCUCUUUACACAUCCUUUUAAUGCCCACUUGUGGCCAACAAGCGUUUUCCCGCACAUACUUUGAUUUUCUUUUGUCUGUUCUUACCAUGUUGUAGUAAUUCUGCACACGGCGUUUUAUGGUUCUGCACAGCAUGGCUAAGCAGCGGUAGCACUGCUUUUUUCCAAGUUUGGGCUGGUUGGUUUCGGGUUUGGGUUGGGUCUGGGGAUACAUCGUGAACUCGUUUUUGAAUUGGAUGGUGCCUUUUUUUCCCUUGGACUUUUUUUUCUCUUCUCGUUGGUUUGAGUAAGGUCCAUGGACCAUUGUUGACAAAAGACAAGCUGCAUUGACGGGCGCGGC